GAUUGUUUUUGUGCCGGUCUUCUGCUUCUAAAUGGCACACAUCAUAACCUUACUGCAAUGCUCGUGUUAAUUAAUUUGUUUUUGUGAAAUUGUUGUGUAAAAGGCAACACAGACAGUGACUCAGUAAAUUAUUUUAUUCAGAGUGCUAGGUUCUAUUGAGAAUGGGUGAUAGAAAAAUAAUGAAGCAGGAUGAAGGGGCAAUUGGUCGCAGGCCGCCAGUGCUACUUGUCAAAAACGAUCACGAUACUCUUGAAAAACCUCCCACAAUCAUACUUCGAACGAGGGAAGGUGAAAACCGAGCAGUUUCUCCUAGUCAAACAAGAACACCCAUAGUAUUGAAAAAAGAAACUUCUGAUUCACCUGCGCAACCGUCAUACCAGCUAGCUUACAAAGCCAGUGCCGCUCCCCAAGUUGCUAACCCUUUAGCUCCGUCUCCAAAAAUGAAAUCUAGUGUGAAGCUUAUAGAUGAAACAAUGCAGUUUUGUGAUGUACCUACUGAUUCCUUCAUGGAUCAAAAUGAUUUCUUAGUUGUUGGGAUUUUAGGCCAGCAAUCAGUUGGUAAAUCAACAGUUUUGUCUCUUUUAGCAUCAGGGAAUCCUGCUCAACCACUUAGAGACAUGUGCUUUAAGCCUCAAGAUUAUGAGCAAGCAAUAAAUGCAACUCACUGCACAUCCGGAGUGGAUCUCUAUGUCACAACAAAUCGAAUGCUCCUGCUUGACACACAGCCUUUGAUGUCGGCAUCCGUAUUUGAAAGGAUUUCUGAUUUAGAUGGAUCAUCUAGCUCUUCUGUUCCUAGCACCAAAAAGUAUCCUGGUUCAUCUGCCCCAUCAUCCAGUUCUGGUCCAAGUAUUGGCGAUGUAGGUUUACUGACUAAUAUGGAUGGAGCAUUAGAAAUACAUUCUUUGCAAAUGGCUGCCUUUGUACUUUCCGUUUGCCAUGUUGUUAUAUUGGUUCAAGAUUGGUUCUUUGACCCUGAUAUGAUAAGAUUAAUACAGUCUGCUGAAAUGUUGAAACCGCCCACACCAACAACGGCUGCGGAUGAAACUUUAGUGGAGUAUUUCCCACAUCUGUUUCUUCUCCACAAUCAAUGUAAACCAUCCGAGUUCACUCCUGACCACAUCAAAAUGAUGCAGUCUGUUUACAGAGACUCUUUCAUAAAAUCUAAACUGGAUAUAAAAAGCGGAGUAGGUGUUGGAAUGGGUGGUAUUAUAGACUUUGUAGACACCGAGGCAUGUGGGGAACCAAUAAAUUUAUUCUUAUUACCAGACACAGAUGAAGAAGUUCCUCAUAAGUACUGUGGUCACCCAGGGUUUAGUGAUUUGCUCCUGAAGAUGAGGCAGCACAUUUUGGGUGUAGCAAAAAGACCCCUCACACACCAUCCACUCUCUGAAAAAAAUUGGUUACUUUACGCAUCAAAAGUUUGGGAUGGCAUCAGAAAAAGCUCAUUUUUUCAUGAGUACAGCCACUUUCUACCUUAGGUCAAUAAAAAUUAAAUUUUACAAUCAAACAACUGUGACAAGUGUUUCAAUUUGCAUGUGAUCUAGUUUUGUAGAUUGCAUUUAAUGCGAUAACCGCCAAAAAAAAUGGGUAACAUAUCAUCUCAUUUUUUUUUUGUUUCGUGUACCUGAAGUGUCAAAUUCCUUUGUGUCAAUUCUCCCAUGAAUAAAGUAAUUUUGCUGAAAUUGGA